AAACGGGCAGGGGUAGGAGACAAUAACCCUUUCUGUCAUUCAUCCCGAGCUCAAUCACGAAACAGUUGAUUCUCUUUGAUUUCUCUAAACUAUACGUACACAUACAUAUAACGCACACCGAUAUCUUCCUUCUGCCUCAAUCUCUCAAUCCUUCAGCAUUCAGCAGUCCUUCACCAAUGGGUUACGAAAACGAUCCGUACGUGGACGAAGACGGUGAGCCGUUGAUGGAUUUCGACGACGACGUCCAGUCGGACCCGGAACCCCAACAAGGAGGCGACGAUCGAAACGUCGUCGACGACGAAGACGAAGACGAUUGGCGUCGAGAGGAGCGGUCGCCGACGCCUGUCUACAACCAAUCCGAGUCGAAAUCGAAGCCCCGAAAGAGGUUGAUAAAGAAGAGCUCGGCGGCGGACGAGGAAGGCGCUCCCGAUUUGGGAUUCGACGACGACGAUGACGACGUGACGGCGGCGGCAGCGGCGUUUGAGUCGGAGAAUGAUGAGGAGCCGGUCUCGUCGGGGGGUGGUGGGAUGAGGAAGAAGUCUUCGAAGGAUGGGGGUGGGGGUGGGGGGAAGAGAGAGAAGAAAGGGAAGUCGGAGAGGAGAGAGAGGGAAGGAGGAGGAGGGAGCGAGAAGUCGAAAUUCAAGUUGAAGAAGUCGUCGUCGGGGUAUUUGGGAGGUGGAGGGGGAGGGAAGUCGUCGUCAAAGAGGGAUCGGAAUGGCGAUGAUUCGGAGGUUAAGGAGAUGUGGGAUACCAUUGCCGGUGGUGAUUCUGAGGAUGAUCAUGAGGGUGUUAGGAACCUUGAUGAUGAUAACUUCAUAGAUGAUACUGGUAUCGACCCUGCUGACCGGUAUGGAGAUGAUUACGGACCACAUUCUCCUGGCGAUGCUCCUCAGGCGGAAGAGGGUGAAGACGAUGAGGUCAAUGAGCUCUUCAAGAUGGGAAAGAAGAAGAAGAAAGGUGAGAAAAGUGCUGCGGAGAUAGCAAUGUUAGUUGAAAGGGUUAUGGCUGAGCUAGAAGUUGUUGCUGAAGAAGAUGCACGACUGAAUAUGGAGUCUAAACCUGCUAUUAAUAAACUCAAAAAGCUUCCUCUUCUUACGGAAGUUCUCUCAAAGAAACAGCUUCAACCAGAAUUCCUAGAUCAUGGAGUAUUAACCCUUCUGAAAAAUUGGCUUGAACCCCUUCCAGAUGGAAGCUUACCAAAUAUAAACAUCCGUGCAGCAAUAUUGAAGAUUUUAACUGACUUUCCAAUUGAUCUAGAGCAUUUCGAGAGAAGAGAACAACUGAAGAAGAGUGGUCUUGGGAAGGUUAUUAUGUUUUUGUCAAAGUCUGACGAGGAGACUACAGCCAACAAAAAACUUGCGAAAGAUUUGGUUGAUAAAUGGAGUCGACCAAUUUUCAAUAAGAGCACAAGGUAUGAGGACAUGCGAAACUUUGAUGAUGAUAGAGUCCCCUUUCGAAGGCCUCCUGCUAAAAGGCCUGCAAAUAAAGCUUCAGGAAUGGAGUCUAGAGAUGAUGAUCUGGAUUUGGCUGAGUUUUCACAGGAAAGGAAGUCUGGGCAGUCCUCUUCGAGACAACAUGCUUCUAGGCCUGAAGCCAUGCCACUGGAUUUCUUAGUUCGCCCUCAAUCUAAAAUAGAUCCUGAUGAAAUUAGGGCCCGUGCUAAACAGGUUAUUCAUGAUCAGCGCCGUCUGAAGAUGGACAAGAAGUUGCAACAGUUGAAAGCACCAAAGAAGAAGCAGCUUCAAGCUACAAAACUUAGUGUGGAGGGUCGUGGCAUGGUCAAAUACUUGUAGUGUCUUAUUUGUUGGCUAUCGAAGUCAUGUUAUCAGUCUCAUGACCAGGCUUGCAUAAUAAGGUGAAUAGCUGUUGCAUUCGAGGUGGAAACUUGCGGAGCACAUCAGCUUGAGCAAUCAUCGUUAUUUGGAAUGGCUACAUCAAAUGCCUUGUCCAGAAGGUUUUCCUCGCUCCGAUCGACAGCUUCGUGCAAUGGAUGUGAUGGACUUGUAAAUGCUCCUUCUGGCUUGUUUGUAGAUUACUGGAAUGGCAGAAGCCGAUUCCUCCAUCACCAUCAUCGCGAUUUCUUUCAAUGAUUUUUAGACUCUCACAUUGCGGUGUUAUCUAAACACAUUAAAGAAUCAUGUCCUGGCAUAAUUUGUUAUUGUGUCGUGUAAUAUGGUACGUUAACCAUAUUGAUGCUAAAUUAUGUUUCAUAAACGAAACAAAUUGUUAUCAUUUCGAAUAAAUUAUGUUACCGUCUUUUAAUGUGACAA